GAGUACCCGGCGAACCUCACGGCCGGCGACCUCGCGCGCUUCUUCGCCUUCCCGACGCUCGUCUACCAGACGGAGUACCCGCGGACGCCGCGCGUGCGGCGGCGCUGGCUCCUGAAGCGCUUCGCGGAGCUCGCCGUCGUGCUGUCGGCGAUGCUCCUGCUCGUGACGCAGUUCGUGGCGCCGACGGUGCGGGGCACGCUCGAGCCCUUCGAGCGUUUGGACGUCGCGUCGCUCGUCGAGCGGCUCAUGGCGCUCGCGAUCCCGACGCUCUUCGUGUGGAUCCUCAUGUUCGUCGCGUUGUUCGAGCUCUGGCUGUCCAUCGUUGCGGAGGUGACGCGCUUCGGCGACCGGCUCUUCUACCGGGACUGGUGGAACGCGCGCAAGUUCGACGACUACUGGCGGCUCUGGAACCUGCCCGUGCACAACUGGCUCGUGCGCCACGUCUUCUUCCCCUGCCUGAACCUGGGCCUGAACAAGACCGCGGCGACGGCCGUCGUCUUCUUCAUCUCCGCGGCGCUCCACGAGCUCCUCGUGUCCGCGCCGUGCCACCUGCUCCGGCUCUACGCGUUCGCGGGCAUGAUGACGCAGGUGCCGCUCAUCGCGCUGACGAACGCCAUCAACGAGCGCCUCCCGUCGUCGCGCGCGGGCAACGUCCUCUUCUGGCUCGUCUUCUGCGUCGUCGGCCAGCCCAUGUGCCUGGUGCUCUACUUCCACGACACGGUGUCGGAGAGCGGC